AUCUGUCUGUGUGACCCUCCAGUAGUCAUGGCCCUAGUGGACGGUCCUACAGGGGAGAACGACAACAUGAUCUGUGUGGCCUACAAACACCAGUUUGACCUGAUCAACGAGAGCACCGGGGACGCAUACAGGCUACACCACGUAGACGCCAACCGGGUCAACUUUGUGGCAGCCAUCGAUGUGUACGAGGAUGGGGAGGCUGGUCUUUUGUUGUGUUACAAUUAUAUCUGUUCCUAUAAGAAGGUGUGUCCGUUCAAUGGGUCCACCCCUAUGAUCCAGUCUAACGCCUCUGACUUACACUUCAGCUGGAACCAGAUGCCCAACGCCAUCGUGUGUGCAUUCCCCUACAUCUUGGCCUUUACCACUGACUCCAUUGAGAUCCGGCUGGUUGUCAACGGUAACCUGGUCUACACAGCUGUCGUGCCAGAGCUCCAGCUGACUGCCUCCAGGGUGAGUUUGAUUGACAGGUGGAAGUGUCCAAUCAUGAUGGUAAUGAAUCUGA